AUGAGGGCCCAGCUUGCUCUAUCCCUUCUGCUCUUCCUCGUUGUUGCCUCCACCAGCCCCCUAGCAUCGGCCCAUGGCGAUCUUGACUAUGGCGGUGGAGUGAAGAAAUCUGAAGCUACUGGCGGAUACACCGCUGGUAUUGAGAAGAAACCCGAAGCUGUCUCGGCCAGUGCUGAGAAGAAACCCGAUGCCAUCUCCGCUGAUGAGAAGAAACCAGAUGUUGUCUCCGGAUCCAACGUCUCCUCCAGCACGAAGACAAAACCUGACGUCGCCCCCAAGAAUGUUGAUGCGGAGAAGAAACCGGUAAGUGCCUCUGGCUAUGCAGGCAAAAAGAAGAAACCCGAAGGCGGCAGCAAGGCUGCUGAGGAGAAGAAAGCUGAAGUGGCCUCCGAGAAGAAAUCCAAAAGAAAGAGUGAGCCCUCCCAGCCUUCCACCAUCGAGAAGAAACCGAAAAGUAAAAAUGAGAAGAAGUCCAAAGGAAAGAACGACGCCUCUGGAUACACCGGUGCGGAGAAGAAACAAAAAGAAAAAGUAGAUACACCCAACAAGGAGAAGCCAACGGAGCCGAUGGUCAUGGUUAUGGUACCUAAAAGAUUAACCAAGCCAAAGGAGGAGGCGAAGAAGGAAGAGCCGAAGGAGGAGAUCGCGGCGACCGUCCCAUCCGAUAGUUACAAUGCACCAAAGAAUGCUCAGCCGGAGACGCCGGCAGCGAGCACAGCCGACGCUUAUGCUGCGCCAAAGACUGCUCAGCCGGAGAUGGCGGCGGCUAGCACAACCGGCGGUUACGCCUAG